AUGGGUCCGUUGUCGCAGGGAGACAAGUACGAGUUCGUGACAAUCUCAUCGGCAGGGAAACCAUUUUCGGAUGGACUCUACAAGGCCCUACGGGAAAGCAAUCAGUCUUUGUGGGAGUUAGAGCACCUUGGUAUUGUUGACAGUGAAGAGUCGGAGGGCAAGAAGCAUGAAGUUUUCCAGAGGUUUCAGGACACAACCAGAUUUGAAGAUGGUCGUUAUACAGUGCGCCUGCCGUGGAAUGAAGACCUCGUCUCACGACUGAGAAACAACAAGGCUGUAGCGGAGCAGCGUUUACGCAGCGCCACCCGUACUCUUUUGAGAGAUCAAGAGGUCAUGAACGAAUACGAUCAGGUAAUACGACAGUAUCUCAUUAACGGUCAUGCUGAGCGUAUUGAUGUAGCAUCACCAUCACCUGUUGCUGCCCGGGAAUAUUACAUACUACAUCAUGCAGUUAUCAGACGCGAGAGGGAGACUAUGAAGGUUAGAAUUGUAUUCGACGCCUCAUCGAGUGCUCCGGGUUUUCUAUCCCUGAACCAAGUUCUGCACGCCGGUCCAAACUUGAACUCUGCCAUCCUUUCUCUGCUCUUAAGGUUUCGAAUGCAUCGCAUAGGCAUGGUGGCAGGCAUCGAGAAAGCUUUCUUGCAGAUUGCACUUCACAAACAGGAUACAGACGCUCUGCGCUUCCUAUGGUACACUUCGACGCCGAUCGCAGGACAGCCUACACCGUCUAUUGAGACAUGGCGCAUGACACGAGUGCCCUUCGGAGCACGAUCUAGUCCGUUCCUGCUGUCCGCGACCAUUCAGCAAGCAGAGAAGGAUUACUUGCAGGCUGCUACGCUCUUGGAGCAAUCCUUUUACGUGGACGAUUUAGUGGUCAGUGUCAGCACAUCAGGAAAUCCCAGGACACUUCAUGAGGAAACUCUGAGCAUAUUCGAAGCGGCCGGCAUGAAGAUAAAGAAGUGGGUCACUAACGACGAGGCACUUCUACGAGAGAUGUUUAAAAAGGGGAACUCUACAACGGAGACUACACAGAAUCAGACUAAGAAGGUUUUGGGGGUCAUAUGGGAUCUUCAACAUGAUCAGUUACGAUGUUCAGUUGCGUCUGUCUUGGACUCCAUGACGGAAAAGGAGAGUGUCAAGAGACAUGUACUGCAGACCAUUUCCAGGAUUUAUGAGCCAUUUGGCCUGUUAGGACCCUUCACUAUUUCGGGCAAGAUCAUGCUUCAGAAGAUUUGGGAGGCAGGAUUGCAAUGGAAUGAUCAGUUACCUUCAGACGUCGAUGCAGAGUGGAGAGAGUGGUGCAAAGGAGUCGCGGAACUGCAACAUAUAUCUGUUCCUAGGGUGAUAGCGAGCAACUCAUUCGCCGACAGGCUGCGCAAGUUGCAUAUUUUCGCAGACGCCAGCCCAAGGGCAUAUGGUGCGGUAGUCUACCUCGAGCAUUUGUCCGACGACGGUUCUCGUGGCAUGGCAUUUCUACUUAGCAAAAGCAGAGUCUCACCUCUCAAGCGCCAGACACUUCCGAGGCUUGAACUCACAGCAGCUCUUCUUGCUGCCAGAUUAUAUCGCUUUGUAUCCACUGCUUUGCAGACAGAGUUCGAUUAUGUAUGUUGGACAGAUUCCUUAAUCACCUUGCAUUGGAUCAAGGGAUCGGCAUCCAGAUAG